GGAUCUCUGUUUGCCAAAGAACUUCCUGUCUGUUGGAACUCUGUUUUUCUUUUCUGUCACUUCACUUUCAACAUGUUGAAGUUCAGGAGCUCCUCGCUGAGAUCAGCUGCUGCUCUGUUCACACCUUCAGCCCUGUUCACACCUGCUGCUGCUGCUCAGCCUCGAGUGCGUCUCUCCACAGGUCCCCAACAGGAACAAAAAACCUUCUAUGAGUUCCGCACCUACUGCAUCCGUCCAGACCAGAACGCUGCCUUCCUCAAACUGACCAAUGAGAAGAUCCACCUGCGCACUGCCCACUCACAGCUGAUUGGCUACUGGAGCGUCGAGUACGGUGGCCUGAACAAGGUCUUCCAUAUAUGGAAGUAUGACAGUUAUUCUCAGCGGGCAGGUGUUCGAGCAUCUCUAUCUCAGGACCCCUCCUGGAUCUCAGAGUACAUCUCCAAGGCGAUACCGAUGUUGACGUCUCAGGACAACGAGGUCACCUACCUGGUUCCUUGGAGCCGCCUGCAGACGCCGCCGCAGGAGGGCGGUGUGUACGAGCUGGUCUCCUUCCAGAUGCGUCCCGGCGGUCCGGCAGUUUGGGGCAACGCCUUCCAGGCUGCCGUCAGCUCCCAUGAUGCACCGGGGUACGGCAAGCUGGUGGGAGCGUUCCACAACGAGUGUGGCCCACUGAACAAAGUUCACGCCCUCUGGUGGUUCGAGAGCGCCGACCAGCGAGCUGAAGUACGACACAAAGCUCACACUGACGCCAGAGUGGUCGCUGCAGUCAGAGACAGCGUCGUCCAUCUGGUGUCUCAGGAGAAUAAACUCAUGUUUCCCUGUUCUUUCUCUCCGCUGAAGUAACUUCCUGUCCUCACACCUGCGUCUCCAAGGCAACAGAGACCAACACUGUAACACUAAUCCUUACCUUGUCCGUUGUCGUCUACAUGAACGCUGCACGUUACGAACACAGUGAAGGAAACACGGCUUUGGUGUAUACAUCACUGAUGUAAACUAACAUUUAACAUCAGAAGAGAUAUUAAGAAAUAACGAUGAAUACUUUUAACAUUAAUACAUUAAUUAAACACUAACAAUGUCUCAGUAUUAAAGAACUAGUCAGUCAGUGUGUGAUUGACAGCAGCAGCGUCCAAUCCUGUGGCCGGGAUGUUGGAGGGGGGCGGGGCUUCUGUCUGAUGUAAAAAUAAUAAAGUGAAACGAGAA